GUGUGUAGUUCCUCUGUACUCUCAUUCAGUGGAAAGUGGAGGUCAGAUGCAAACGGGAGACAAGAAGAAAUUGCUUUUCCAAUGUGGACAAGGUCAGAGUAAAGAGUGAACAUCGUGAAGUCUCUGCAAAUGGAGCAACCGUCCUACGGCGAGGUGAAUCAGCUGGGCGGCGUGUUUGUGAACGGGAGGCCUCUACCCAACGCCAUUCGCGUGCGCAUCGUGGAGCUCGCGCAGCUUGGUAUUCGACCUUGCGAUAUCAGCCGCCAGUUGCGCGUCUCUCACGGCUGCGUGAGCAAGAUCCUGGCACGCUACCACGAGACAGGUUCGGUGCUGCCGGGUGCAAUAGGCGGCAGCAAGCCGCGCGUGACCACACCCAACGUGGUGAAAAGCAUACGGGAGUAUAAGCGCGCGGACCCGGGUAUGUUCGCCUGGGAGAUUCGAGACCGGCUGCUGGCUGACGGUGUGUGCGACAAGUAUAACGUGCCGUCGGUGAGCUCCAUCAGUCGCAUCCUGAGGAAUAAGAUUGGUAACCUGUCGCAGCCCGGACAGCACGAGACCGGCGUAAAACCUCACGCCCCUCCGAUUCCUUACAGUCCGAUGUGUGCUUAUCCCUACCCCAACGCCAUCUCCCCUACCGGCACAAAACUCGGCGGCCCUCCUGGUGUCGGUGUCGGUCUAUCACGAGCAUGGCCUUCAGUGCACACCGUCAGCAAUAUUUUAGGGAUACGAGCUUUCAUGGACCCUUCAGCCAUCGCUGGACCCGAGGGAUAUCAGCAGAAAAUGGAGGAGUGGCCAUGCGUAAACAGAACUUCAUUUCCCUCGCAUACAGUUAACGGCAUUGACAGAUCAUCUAUAGACACAGAUAUAAAAUACAAUCAGUCUCCGUCGAGUCUUAGCGGAUAUAUGCCCCCCUGCCCCUAUUCUUCCCCCAGUCAUUACGGGGGAAACUAUGGGCAUCACUGGCAGCCUCAGGGAACAGGUCUGGCGCACAACGACUCACACCUUCACACUGCCAUGAACUUCAAACCUAUAUCAAAUGUGGCAGACAGAAAACCCCCGAGUCCUCUGAUUAAGCAGCAGCAGCAUCAUGAGGCACUGAGCAGCGUUCACAACCUGGUCUUACCCACUUCAGCCUCAUAAACACGUACACACGCCCACACAGUUCAAAUGAACGCAUCUGCUGUUGUCCUAUUUUAAAAUAGUAAG